AUGGUUCAGUGGAGCGGUUCAAAGCCUGACUCGUUGUUUUUGGAAAUCACCAGCAGACUGUUAUAUGUUGAUGACAUUGUUCUUACUAGUAGUAGUUUUGAUCUUGUUCGAAAAUUCAUCUCAGUUCUUUCUUCUCAGUUUGCUAUGAAGGAUUUAGGGGAUCUUCAUAAUUUCUUAGGUGUAUUCAGCAAUAGUUCUCCUACUAUUGUUAUUGUAUACUUUGAUACAGAUUGGGUGGGUUGUGCUGAUGCUCUUCGUUUUACUACUGGUUAUGAUAUGUUCCUUGGGAAAAAUUUGAUUUUCCGGCGUUUGAAAAAGCAACCCACUGUUUCUAAAUCCUCCACUGAAGCUAGAUAUAGGGCUGUUGCAUAUACCGUUGCAGAGAUUAUUUUCGUCGACGACAUGUGA